AGGGAGAUCCAAUCCGGCAUUAGCGAGUCCUGCUGCUGCUCUCCAGUCUCCACCGUGCACUGUUCUGGAGUUGUAGGCUCAAGAGUGCAGUUGGCCAGCUUUUCCCCCCCUACUUUACUCAAAAACAAGCAGUUUUUCCCUUUUUUUUGUUAGUGUACCCCGCACAAUCCAAGCAACAAUGGGAAGGAAAAAGGCUGUUGCUGCUGAUGCAGAUGCAAGUGCAGAGCCAAGGCGAAAGUCUCUACGGUUGUCUACGAAAGAGCCAGAGCCACAGCCAAAGCCAAAGGCGAAGGCAGAAAAGACAAAGGCACCCCCAAAGACCAAAAAGGUGAAAGAAGCAGCUAAGCCCAAAGAAAAAGAGAAGAAAGAACCCGAGGCAGAGGAGGACGAGGAGGAGGGAGAAGAAGAGGGAGAAGAAGAAGUUCCUGCAGAAAAUGGCGAAGCCAAAACUGAGGAGGCUGAAGCAACAGAGGAGGCAGAUGAAAAGGAGGAAGAGGCUGAAAAGGACAAAGAAGCAGAGUAGCCAGUGCUCCCAAUGCCUUUUUUGUUGUAAAAUGCAGAGAAUAUUUUUUAUCGACUAUUUUCUUAAGACAGCAAUGUUUUUAGGGAUAUAAUUGCUUCAUGUUUUUUUUUUUUUUUUUGGUCCGUUUGCUGUUUUUUUGUGUUCCUUUUUUUUUUUUUUUAAUACUACAAUUUCAAUUUUGCGGUUUCUGGGAAGGGAACGUUUGUCAUUGUAUUCUUGUCUCGUCUGUGUUUUAUCUUAAAGUUGGAGUAUUUGUGCCUGACAUGCAAUCAUGCCUUGUUCAGUGAUGGGCAAUUUAACCGUUUUGUCAUCUGUACGUCAGAAUACUGUUUGAAAGUUUAGGGCCGAGAAUGGGUUUCAUACUGUGUGGUAAACAUUUGUGGUCACAAUUGUUGUUUUCAUAAAGCUCAAUAAUUAAAUCACUGUGUGUUGAGUUGUUUUUGUUUUUCAAAUGUAUGGUACAAAUGAGAGCAUUGAUCCCUGUUUUCAGUAAUGUUCUAUAGCAUUACAGAUUGAGUAUAUGUUUCAUGUUUUGUUUUUUUCCAUUAGGACAUCUAUGUGGUUGGGGGAUUUCUCUACCAAUGUACAGUUUCCUUUUAAAACUUUGUUAUCGAUGGUAUAAAAUGCCAAAAUAAAGAGGAAUUUCUUUAUCAAA